UGCUCUGUCUGGUCUACGUUAACAUUUGCUUAAAACAGUUCACAGAAUUAAUAAAACUUGCACGGCCGACAUUUUGGACAACCACAUAAUCCAUUGGAAAGGAACUCUCUUUGUUCUUGCUAAUUAGUAAGCAGUAACUCUUUUAAAUACCCCUAGAUCUCACUCAAACAUUAAUUAUUCAUCACCAUCUUCAUCUUCUUCUUCUUCUUUCUACUUGCACCAAUUUUUUUAAUUCCACUUACCGUAGAAAAUGGAGCUGGAGCAACCCAUUUCAAGAGAGACCUCUGGUACUGUCCAUGAGAUAAACUCAACCAGCAUCAGAAAUGGUCCUUCAAGAUCAACUAACUCAACAAGAACAGUCAGUUCUGCAUUAUCCAGUGAUCUUUGCAAUCGAUCCGAGUCGUUCCGGACGCUCGACAUAGGUGUGCCAAAGAGCAUUUCGUCUGAGAGAAGACUCGCUUGGUUGCGCUCUCAGAUCAUAGGGGACGAUGUAGAGUUUGAAUCUCCCUUUGGCAAACGAAGACUAACUUAUGCUGACCAUACUGCCUCUGGCCGCUCUCUUCAUUAUAUCGAGAAUUUUAUCAUUAACAAUGUUCUUCCCUUUUAUGGGAAUACUCACACAUGUGACAGUUAUGUGGGACAUAGAACAACAAAAAUGGUACAUGAAGCAACACAAUACAUAAAGAGAAGCUUAGGUGGUGGAGAAGAAGAUGCAAUCAUUUUCUGCGGCUCUGGCACAACGGCAGCUAUUAAACGUUUACAAGAGGUAAUGGGGAUUGCAGUGCCAUCAAUUAUGAGAGAUAGGAUAAUUAAAUGCCUGAGCAAUGAAGAGAGAUGGGUAGUCUUUGUUGGACCCUAUGAACACCAUUCCAACCUUCUUUCCUGGCGACAAAGCUUAGCUGAAGUGGUAGAGAUUGGAUUAAAUGACAGUGGGUUAAUAGACAUCGAAGCUCUUGAAAAGCUUCUUGAUUCGUAUCGGAAAGCCAAUCGCCCGAUUUUGGGAUCAUUUUCGGCUUCUAGUAAUGUUACUGGUAUUUUUUCUAAAACAAGAGGACUUGCUCAGCUUCUUCACCGAUAUGGAGGGUUUGUCUGUUUUGAUUUUGCAGCCAGUGGACCAUAUGUAGAGAUCGACAUGAGAUAUGGGGAGGUUGAUGGGUAUGAUGCAAUUUUCCUAAGCCCACAUAAGUUUCUCGGAGGGCCAGGAUCGCCUGGAAUACUUUUGAUGAGCAAAGCCCUUUAUCAGCUGAAAUAUUCUCCCCCAUCAACUUGUGGCGGCGGAACUGUUUGUUAUGUUAAUGGCUUCAAUGACAAGGACACAUUAUAUUUGGAUGACAUAGAGGAGAGGGAAAAUGGUGGAACACCACAGAUAAUCCAAACAAUUAGAGCGGCAUUGGCAUUCUGGGUUAAAGAGUACAUAGGCUACAAUGUGAUUGAAGAACAAGAGAAGAAUUACAUAUCAAAAGCAUUAGAAAGAGUCAAGUCGAACAAAAACAUAUGGAUUUUGGGAAACACAAGUGCCGAAAGACAAGCUAUAUUAUCAUUCCUCAUAUAUUCUACCACAAAUUCUUCUUCUUCUUCUUCUAAAGAUGAGAGUAGCAGUAGCAGUAGUGAGUAUAGAGAUGGAAAAGUAGAUGAUCUUUACAUGUGGGCAGAAACAGGGAACAAGAGAGAUAAGCCUCUUCAUGGAGCAUUUGUUGCAAGUUUGCUUAAUGACUUGUUUGGUAUCCAAUCUAGAGGUGGAUGUGCUUGUGCUGGACCUUAUGGUCAUGUUUUGCUUGAUAUCAGUGAGGCUAACUCCCUUGCUUUAAGAUCUGCCAUACACCAGGGAUACAUGGGAGCAAAGCCAGGAUGGACAAGAAUUAGCUUUCCAUACUACAUGUCCAACCAAGAAUUUGAAUUUAUAAUGGCAGCAGUGGAAUUUGUAGCCAUUUACGGCCAACGUUUUCUACCAUUGUAUGGCUUCAAUUUUAAAACUGGAACUUGGUAUUUCAAGAAAAAGGCAUUUAAGGACUUGUUAGUAGGAAAAGAGAACAAGUGCAAUACCUUUCCCAUGGCAGCUGUUGGUGGAGAGAUUAUAAAUAAGUAUGCUUCUUAUUUGGAAAUUGCCAAACACAUUGCUAAUUUGCUUCCUAAGUUCCCUUCUUCACGUAAACUUCCUGAAGACCUAGAUUAUAAUCUUUUGUAUUUUCGAGUGUAGCUAGUCAGACCAUUACCUCUUGACUUUUUGGCAAAAGAUAGGGUCCUUUUCCUUUUCCAUUAUUGUUAAGAGGAUCAUAUAUAUAUAUAUAUAUAUAUAUAUAUAUAUAUAUAUAUAUAUAUAUAUAAAAUCUCUCACAACCCAUUUUUUACAGUUUAGGCUGUUGGCACUUCGCUCACCGCUACUACAUGAAUCAUUUUUUUUUCUCUAGUUAUUAAGAUGUUUCAGUUUGCCAGAUUGUCUCUUGCCUGCCCAUGAAUUUAGCAGCAGUUUGAAAGGUUGACCUAUUUG